AGUCUACAAAUCUUGUAACUAACCUAGCAGAGGUUUUAGAAGAAGUCCGGUCUUAUUUUCAAAACCAGUUUAUAAACAGAAGAGAGGAUAGUGCUGAAAUAGAAAAGUUAUGGUUUGAAGAAUACCAACCAAAAGAUCACAUUGUAGAAACGUG